GUAACACGCGAGCCUUUGCACUUGCAGUGGUGACAGUCAGGACUGCUUGCCCGAGUCCAAGUGGAUAACCAUGCCGCCCGUCGUCGCGGUCCCCUCGGCGGCGGCGCUCCGGCGACCGCAGCCCUUCCGAUUUCUCCACCCUCCUAGAAGCCUAAACCUAGCCAUAACCCGCUGCGCCCCUUCCCCUUCGCCCCCGGCAGAGGCGCAGUCAGUGAAGCCGAAGCCACGGAGGUACCCGAAGCAGUUCCCAGGCGAGGCGGUGGGCGUCGCCGAGGAGAUGCGGUUCGUCGCCAUGCGCCUCCGCAACCCUAAGCGCACUACUCUCAAGGAAAAAACGGUGGCGGAGGGAGCUACGGAGGAGGCUGAAUCGAAUGGGGAGGAGGAGCCCAACCACGAAGCUGAGGAGGAGGGCAACCACGAAAUGGAGGAGCACGACGAUGAGGAAGUGGAGGGGGAGUGGGUGCCGAGCAUGGAAGGGUUCGUGAGCUAUCUGGUGGAUAGCAAGCUCGUCUUCGACACCGUCGAGCGGAUCAUAGCCGGGUCCACGGACGUUGCAUAUGUUUACUUCAGGAAAAGUGGUUUGGAACGUUCAGCUAGCAUCGAAAAAGAUUUGGAGUGGUUCAGAGAACAGGGAAUUGAAAUUCCAGAGCCGAGUACUUCUGGAUCAACAUAUGCAGCUUAUCUAUCUGAAUUGGCUGGGAGCAGUGCCCCUGCUUUCCUUUCCCACUACUACAAUAUUUAUUUUUCCCAUACAACUGGAGGGAUGGCAAUUGGUAAUAAGAUCUGCAACAAAAUUUUGGAAGGAAGAGUGCUGGAGUUUUACAAGUGGGAUACUGAUGCAGAACUCUUACUAAAAGAUACCAGGGAGAAGCUUAAUGAGCUUAGCAAGCACUGGUCUCGCAAGGACAGGAACCUGUGCUUGAAAGAAACUGCAAAAUGCUUCCAGUACAUGGGGCGUCUUGUCCGGUUAAUCAUCUCGUAACACUUCAUGGACAACUUACUGGUUAAGCUUCGGUUGAUUUGUUCCGAAGACAAGGGAAAAAAGCAAAGAUGCAUUAACUUGAGGCUCCGUGCAGUUUCUUCUUGGAGAGACUUUUGCUGCAAGGGAUGUUGCUGAUUCGUGAGCACAAUAGCGGGUUGAGGCUCCGUACUUGCAUUGGAUGCCCCAAUAGCAGGUGCACACUAGUUCCUUUUUCGGCGUGCAUAAUGGAAUUGCUCGUUCGAGUGAGCGGAACAGCUUUGAUCUGUGCAAAGUUGAAGAUUCUUGGUGCUGUCAGGAUGGUCCUGAACACAAGCUAUGGGAUCAUGCUGUCCACUCAAUGUUGCCAUGCUUAACUGGGCAAUAAAAUUGCAGGCUAGUUCGGUCCUGCAAAAAAUGCUCCCAUGUUUCUGUCAGCUUUCAGGAUGUGCUACUGAGGAUUACAUUAACAACUACUCAUGUAUUAGUGCUUGUGAACUCGAUUGUGUACGGUGUACCAACCCUUCCAGCGUAGUGUGAUGCCUAUAUGGCAUGGUAACUUCUGCACAACCUGUAUCAUCACACGGUGGUGCUUGUGUGGCGAUUAGGAGUUAGGGCACUGUUUUAUUGGCUAAUACCUUCCAUGCUGAUUCUGAUGUGAUGUUUUAAGGACAGAUGCAAUAUUCGAUGCUCUUUAUGGGCUGGGUCAUGCCUUGCCCCCCAGCUA